AUGUCAUUUUUCGAAUCGAGUCGACACGAUUUCCCGACCUCUGAGGCUUUUAAAAAUACCACCGACUUGAGUAAGCCCGUUCAAAAACACUUGCUCAAAGUCUAUGCGACCCUAAGUGGCCUUACAUUAAUUGCAGCCCUUGGAUCUUAUGCACACAUUACUGGUUCAUUCUUAUUCGGGGGUGGAGUCAUUUCUUUCUUGGUCGGUAUGGCGUCACUAGUUGGUAUCCUGAGUCUUCCGGAUACACCGGACAAUAGGUUAAUUCGUUAUGGACUCCUAGCGAAUUUUGGUUUUAUGGAAGGACUUUCCAUUGGCCCAGUGAUUAAAUACGCGCUCGCUAUUUCAUUCUCCGACCAAAUCAUAUUAAACGCAUGCUUCUUCACUGCUGCAAUCUUUGGAUGUUUCUCAAUGAGCUCCUUGUUAAGCAACAAGAGGAUGUUUAUCUAUGUUGGUGGAAUUUUAGCCUCCGUAUUGAGCAUGCUAUUAUGGACGUCGUUUAUCAACUCUUUCAUUGGUUCUAAAGUUUUGUACAACGCAGAACUUUAUAUUGGAUUGCUUAUGUUUUGUGGUUAUGUAAUAUACGAUACACAACUCAUCAUCUAUCGCUUCCUUCAUAUGGGAUCAACUGAUGUUGUGGGUCAUACUCUCGAUUUAUUCAUCGACCUUGUCGGAAUCUUCGUGAGGAUUUUGUUAAUAAUGCUGAACAAAUCAGAAAAAGAGGAAAGAAGACGUAGAAUUAGACGUAAUUGA